AAACAAACUUAAACGAGAGUAUAUUUGAGGUCGAUUUGAAAUCGGUUCGAACUCAAAUAUAAUUAAAUAUUUAUUUAACAAAUUGAUCAUUAUCAAAUUUAGAUGGUGGGUUCAACCUUUAAAAUUAUGUAUAAAUUAUGUCAAAUUACAGAAUAUUAUUUGGCCUGAGCUCCAAAUAUAUGCCCUUAAAAAGUAAGCCGCCCCACAAAAGCCCCUUCCUUCCAAGUUCAGGGAGACUCAAAGCCUGAAUAGAGAAUAGGGGACGAACCACGGCACAAACUCCAAGCACGGCGGAAUGAGCUUUCUGGCGGGGAGAUUGGCAAGCACGGAGGGUGCCUAUUUCCUGCAAGAAUCCAAACACGCAGUAGGGCGUCUGGUGGGGAAGAACAAGAACAGGAAGAUUCUUCCUCCAUCCCCAACUUCCUCCAUAGCUUCUUCUCUGGAGGUGGACGAUGCUGCAGCUGACGUUCUUCCCGAGAUUCUCCGGCAUUCUCUGCCUUCCAAACUCUUCGAACCCCCCUUGGACUCCUCCCUCUCCCCACCCUCCAAAUGGGCCCUUCCCUCCGACGCCGGCGGUGUUUCCUCUGUCUCCCCCGAUGCUCUCAACCCUCUUCGAGCUUACCUUUCUAUGCCCCCGGUCACCUUUGGCCCCAAAAGGUGGGAAUUGCCUGUCACAGAACACUCAGUUGUGGCUUCAACAGCAAAUGAAUUGCGCCGUGACAAGUACACCCAUGUUAAUCCCGAGAAGUUGAAGGCCGCAGCUGAAGGACUGUCACAAAUUGGAAAGGCAUUCGCUGUUGCUACAGCAAUUAUUUUUGGUGGUGCCACCUUGAUGUUUGGACUGGUUUCAUCCAAGCUAGAGCUGCACAAUACUGAUGAUAUUCGAACUAAAGGAAGGGAUCUGGUUCAACCUAAAGUUGAGAUGUUCAGGGAGCAGCUGAUCCCCUUGAGAACUUGGGCUGAUAACAUGUCAAGAAAAUGGCACUUGGAAAGGGGAGAAGAUGCCAAAGAGAAACCUAUGAUGAAGGAGCUUUCCAAAAUUUUGGGUGCCAAGACGGCCAAUUGAUUGUCUAGUUUUUACGUUUUACUGUGUACAUAGUGUCAAGGUGCUGAUGUCUGUUACUGUGCUCGAACGAAAUGAAGAAAAUAAAUGCGCAUGUUGUAUAAAUAAAAUGGUUGCCAUCUGUCCGGGCUUUCCAAAA